AUGGUGACUGAGAUCCCCGGCGUGCCCGACCACGUUCUCGCACAGUGGAAACGUCAACUCAGCCGGGUCCCGCUCCCGAUAGAGGAGUCGGUGACCAUUUACGCAAAUCCAGUGCAACCGCUCGGCGGUUUGGAUGACGGCUCUGAAAUCGGCGACGGCGUAGAGGGGCAUCUCGUCUGGGUCGGGGUCGGAGAUAAGCAGGUUAAGGUCGUCCAGGACUUCAUGCAGAGCGACAAGCAGCCUGGGACCAGGAUCCUGACCUUCAAAGAAAUGAUGGAGGCAGAGAAUGUCGAUACACCUAACUUUCUGACCAACGCCGUUGUGGUCAUAGACAAUGACUUCGGCCGGAUCAACCACUGUCAUCUCGGCCUCUUCACAGCACUGCAGCGGUUCUGGUGUCAACGGCGCGAUAGGGGUGAAGGUCUCCAUGCCGCAGUAGUCGCCGUCUCCUCCAACGAAGAGCAGCUGUGGUUUGACACAGCCAUCAACCUCCUGUGGAAAAGGGAAAUCUGCUACAUCACGCUCGAGUCGGCGCCUGGCUACACUCUGCAGAUGUAUCGCAGGGAUGCAGACACGCCUCUCUACCGCUGCAUUCGCGGCAGCGCAUCGCAGGAGCCCGUCGUGGUCGUCUGUCUGUACCCGUUUAUGCAGAUGGACAAGCUGCAGCCUCAUUGGAAGGCCGCCUGCGAGCGUCAUCGGCUCGAUGAUCCGUCGUUUCGCUGUGAUGCUCUGUGGAUCUGGCGGUACAAUAUUCACGAAUUGCCGGCCGUCUUGACUGAAGAGACACUCAGGGGUCCCCGCCAUGCCGUUCUCUUUGUCGAUGAGGCCCUGCGCUUCCUCCUUGCGAUCCAGGGUCUCCGUCACUACGUGCUUCCCUACAAGUGGUUAGCAAGGCAGUUCGACACUAGCUUCCUGAAACCUACGUUGCAGGACUUUGGCUGCAGCGAGCUGUACGCCCACCUUGCGGCCGGGUUGGGCCAGAUCGAGCAGCGGGACGACAUUCGCGUCAUUUACGGGACGGACCGCGACGCCCCGCCAUGUGAGGACGAGGAUGGCGUCGCCAGAAUCCCGCACAUCAAUUACCAGCCUGUCUGGCCAGGAUCAAACAAUCGAUCGACCAAUUGCUGGGGACAGAAGCCACCGACGCGGCCACCCUUCGCCAAGUUCGCCCUGCUCCAUCAUACCACGAUCCGAUUCAUUCGCCGGCGCAGGAGGUAUCCACGUCCAUCGCUCAACAGGGAAGUACAUCUCACGAUGCUCACAAAGACCAAGAGAAAGCGGACAGCCCUCGCACCGAGGUUGAUAACGAUGCCGCUCUGUCACCUGAACAGGGCGCAACACAAGCUCAGGCACCGGCCGGGCCGGUGGAUCAAGAGGCGAUGUGGGACUCAGAGGGCUUGGUUGCGGCGAAAUGGGAGGGCUCAUGGGCGGAUCUUUGACUAAGUACACCAUCUCUCACCCGGAUGAUGCGAUGACGGAGGUUGGGCAUUUUGUCAAGGGGCGUGACUGGCUGCGCAUCGGAUAUAGAAUUAUGGAUGAUGCACGGACUACGGCACGAGCAAAAGGAGGAGGAGGGAUGCUUGUUUGUAUGGCCGGCUAGGACAACCCCAAGGAGCCUCGGGGUAAUCAGAAUCUGGAACAUUGUAUAACG